GGAAAAUGAACAGGUGUUUGCAAUGUCUUUUUCAUGAAAAUGAUUGUUUAAUACCCUAAAUGUUGCCAUGUACUCUUCAAAGGAUUAAAGCAAUAAUUACUUGUGGGCUUUAUCAGUUCUUAAAUAGUGUAUUUUAUCAACUGUGGAAGAGAGACUUAUAUUUUACACGUGUAAUACAAUAUCUAUAUAAAAUUUAAAUAAGGAAAUUCAAUUGUGGUACAAAAAUGGACAACAUGUCAGCAAGUUCUCGGAAUGAAACAACUCUGGUGUCGUUUGAAGAUAUUGACGCUGGGUUUUCAAUACAGGACCGGGUUUUACUUGGAGCCUUGUCAACAGUUGGCGCUCUUGUGGCUCUGGCCUUAAUGCUCCGAUUUAUGAAACAACCUUGCAAACAUCGCUUAGACAACAAAGAUAGUGACAAAAAAGAAUAUGACAAAUUUUCAUCAAGUUUGAGUUUGGAAGACGGCUCUUCGGAUGUAUCCUGUAAAACGUCCUCUUCCGGGUUUUCGGAAUCCUCGGGAAUAUCCAGUCAAGGAACACAGAUAUCCUACUGUUCAUCCGAAUUUUCUCUUCAAUUUGACCAAAGAUCACUUUCAUUUUCUCAAUCUUUGCCUGAUUUGACGGGAAAGAAUACAAAGUCAUUCAAUAUUUUGUCUCCUGCUGUUUUCGCCUUAAGCUCGGAUUAUACCAAAUCUUCUUCUCAAAUAAUAGGAAAAACUGAUGACUACUCAUCUAAGGAAAAGGAUUCAAUUAAGUCUGCAGAAAAUCUAGACAGUUUACUAUCAAAUUCAGUUAUGUCUCUUACAUCAUCGUUGCAAACGAACGACAAAAGGAAAACAACCGUUGAGCAUGCGUACGGGAAGUUCAUGCCGAAAUAUUACAAGAGUAUCCCAGAAAUAGACAAGUCACUAGACCCUGCAAAACUUUAGGACUAAUGAAAGUGACUUCAUAGGAUUUUUUUUUAAAAUUAAAGACAUGCUGUAAAUGUACAUAUCUAUUUGUAGCCACUACGUGGCAAAAUGUCAGUAAAAUUCUGUAAAUGUGAUUAUUUACGCAUUGGGGAAAUUUGCUAUAGUUUUGCUGUACCCUUAAAACCGUGUAAAAUACCCCCGGACGUAUGGUAACAGAAUGGACAAUUUAUUGUGGUGAAAAUAGCAUACCUGUAUAUCCACGCAGAUUGUUUGACUAUUUAGAACGCAUGCUUAACCACCAGCGUAGAUAAUUACUUUUACUUUAAUUACGCUCUCAAUGUACACAUGUUUAUUUGUUUAAUGUGAUUCAAUACGUUUUUGGAUAUUGUAUUCGUACUUUGCUCACUUGUUUUUUAAGUAUUUCAUAUUAUCAAUGAUUAUCUUCCCUAAGCAAAGGCUGAUAACUGUUUUUAGUGAUAUGUUUUGCUUUUGAAAUUUGGGCUAUGUUAUUCAUAACGAGAAUUAUUUUUUUUUUACACAUGAUACAUGUUCAUGUGCUUUGAUUGUAUUUACACUGUAAAAAUAACACAUAUAUGUGUAUAUAUAACAUAAACUGUUAACUUUUUUUUAAUGGCUUCUUACAAUUUAAGGUAAUGUUACAUGAAUCUCAAAGUUUUUAUCUUAUAUUCCGCAUUCGUGUUUACACAUAACAUAUAUCACUCCGAUACCAGCAUGAAAUAUGAUUGAAUAUUUUAAAUCUAUAAAAAGCAGCUAGCAAGUUCAAUUUACAUGUUAAACAUGAGCUAAUAAUAAAAAAGUUUAAUAGAUGAUAAUAUCAAAUGUCACUUUAUGUAAAAUCCAUAUACACUGAAAACAUAACAUCAGAGAACAUGUAUAUAUUUCUGUAGUUAGUUUGUGGUAUGAGAUACGAUUUUAAUAUUUGAUCUAAAAUAUAAUAAGAUACAUUGCCAAAAUAAACUUCUUUUUAAACUAUAAUUUGAAAUACCUUAGAGAGUAAUUUAUUGUU